CCUGAACGGCGUGUCCCCCCCGUUCCGCAAGCUGGGCUGCUUCUCGCCCGUCCUCUGCCAGUGCAAGGUCACCUGCAGCAACCGGACCCUCUCGCUGGUCUUCGGCUGCAAGAAAUAUCGUUACCAAGAUGAAGACAGUCCCCCGCUGGAGCACAGCCCCGCCCACCUCCCCAACCAGGUAAAGGCCCCUGAGCUGGUCCACGUGGCGGAGAAGAACCUAUCCCAGAUCGAGAGCGUCCACGGCUACGUGUCUCACUCCCACAUCUCCCCCAUGAAGGCCAAUUCCCCACCAGUAAUCGUCAACACAGACACCUUAGAAGCACCAGCUUAUGUAAAUGGAACGGAAGGUGAAAUGGAAUACGAGGAGAUAACACUAGAACGGGGCAACUCCGGUUUGGGGUUUAGCAUAGCUGGCGGCACUGACAAUCCCCACGUUGGAGAUGACCCUAGCAUCUUCAUUACCAAGAUCAUCCCCGGGGGAGCGGCUGCACAAGAUGGACGGCUAAGGGUGAACGACAGCAUCCUCUUCGUGAACGACGUGGACGUGCGGGAGGUGACGCACAGCACGGCGGUCGAGGCGCUGAAGGAGGCCGGCUCCAUCGUGCGCCUCUACGUCAUGCGCAGGAAACCCCUGGCCGAGAAAGUGAUGGAGAUCAAGCUGAUCAAAGGCCCCAAAGGUCUGGGCUUCAGCAUUGCAGGCGGCGUUGGCAAUCAGCACAUCCCCGGGGACAACAGUAUCUACGUCACCAAAAUCAUCGAGGGCGGCGCGGCCCACAAGGACGGGCGCCUGCAAAUCGGCGACAAGAUCUUGGCGGUAAACAAUGUGAGUUUAGAAGACGUCAUGCACGAAGAUGCCGUAGCUGCCCUGAAGAACACGUAUGACGUCGUCUACCUAAAGGUGGCCAAGCCCACCAACGUUUACCUCAACGAUUCUUACGCCCCGCCCGACAUCACUUCCUCCUACUCCCAACAUCUGGACAAUGAAAUCGGUCACCAGAGUUACCUGGGCUCGGAUUACCCACAAGCCAUGACCCCCACCUCCCCUCGGAGGUACUCCCCCAUCCCGAAGGAGCUGAUGGGUGAGGAGGAUAUACCCAGGGAACCGCGCCGUAUCGUCAUUCACCGUGGCUCAACAGGGCUGGGCUUCAACAUUGUGGGCGGCGAAGACGGCGAGGGAAUUUUCAUCUCCUUCAUCCUGGCCGGGGGACCAGCCGACCUCAGCGGAGAGCUCCGGAAAGGGGACCAGAUCCUCUCGGUCAAUGGCGUGGAUCUCAGGAAUGCUACACACGAGCAAGCAGCCAUAGCUCUGAAAAAUGCCGGGCAGACGGUCACCAUCAUUGCUCAGUACAAACCGGAUGAGUACAGCCGCUUCGAGGCCAAGAUUCACGACCUCCGGGAACAGCUGAUGAACAGCAGUUUGGGCUCAGGGACAGCAUCGCUGCGGAGCAACCCUAAGAGGGGUUUCUACAUCCGGGCGCUCUUUGACUACGACAAGACCAAGGACUGUGGCUUCCUGAGUCAGGCUCUGAGUUUCCAUUUUGGCGACGUUCUGCACGUGAUCGACGCUUCCGACGAGGAGUGGUGGCAGGCGCGCCGCGUCCAUCCGGACGGCGACAGCGACGAGAUCGGAUUCAUCCCCAGCAAGAGACGGGUCGAGCGGCGAGAGUGGACGCGGCUAAAAGCCAAGGAUCGGGUGCCGGGAUCGGGCUCUCAAGGUCGAGAAGAUGCUGUCUUAAGCUAUGAAACUGUUGUACAAAUGGAAGUCCACUACGCACGUCCCAUCAUUAUCCUGGGCCCCACCAAGGACCGAGUCAACGACGACCUUCUCUCGGAGUUCCCUGACAAAUUCGGCUCCUGUGUCCCACACACCACGCGGCCGAAACGGGAGUACGAAGUGGACGGCCGGGACUACCAUUUUGUCGCCUCGCGGGAGAAGAUGGAGAAAGACAUCCAGAGCCACAAGUUCAUUGAAGCCGGCCAGUACAACAGCCACCUAUACGGGACGAGCGUCCAGUCGGUGCGCGAGGUGGCCGAGCAGGGCAAGCACUGCAUUUUGGACGUUUCAGCCAACGCCGUGCGGAGGCUGCAGGCGGCUCAGCUGCACCCCAUCGCUGUUUUUAUCCGGCCGCGCUCCCUCGAGAAUGUUCUAGAAAUUAACAAGCGGAUAACGGAGGAGCAAGCGCGGAAAGCCUUCGACAGAGCGACUAAACUUGAGCAGGAGUUUACAGAGUGCUUCUCAGCCAUCGUAGAAGGAGACAGCUUCGAAGAGAUCUACCACAAGAUCAAAAGGAUCAUUGAGGAGCUUUCUGGCCCGUACAUCUGGAUUCCGGCCCGCGAGAGACUUUAAGAGCUCUGAACUGACUUUUCUGGGAACGGAUCCUGAAAGCCACCACCACCACUACCACCACCCACCGACUCUGCGACAGAGCCGUCUCCAAGAGAGGGGGGGUUGGCUUUGUCUCCUGCCACUGAACUUAGCUGUUUGGUUAAUAUUUUGGGGAUGGGUGGGGAGGUCUUGGGAUGGGCGUCUUUCGUUUCUUCCUUUAUUCUUUAAUAUUCUCAUUUUCUUUUCCUAUUUUUUUCUUCUUCUUCUUGCGUGAUCCGGCCACCCCACCCUAAUCCUGGUUUAAAAUGCUCCCGUUUUUAUUUCUGCAGCAAAAAAAAGGGGGGUGCUUUUUCCGAUCCCCAACAGUGCUAGCGCAUGCAUGCUGUCAUUUGGGGGUGGGGGGGUUCCGGUGGUGGCGUUGGGGGAGAAAGGGGGGUUCUUCCUUAGAUUCUCUUUCAUUUUUACAAGCAGUAAGGUGGGCAGAAUGGGGCACGCGCAGAAACUGAGCUCAAAAGGAGGAAGGCGAGAGCAAAAUUAGGCAGAUAGAGAUAUUUUUUUGGAAGGAAAAAAAAAGAAACUUUCUGCAACCAGAAGCCACUUUUGAUAAAGUUUACCUUUUCUGGAGGGGGCCACGCCGGAAACCCCCAACUGAUCAGUGAAUU